UACUUCACGCUCUUUGGAGGCACGCUUGCCCCCUGGGUAUGCUUCCGCGAUCACCAGAGUCUCUUCCUUGCUGGCUCGGGCUGCGGAGAGCGAGAAGAUGAAGACGAAGGCCACCGCGCCGGUGCCCCAACCUGGGCCUAUCCGGAAGCUCGUUAGGAAGAAAGCCAAGAAGAAGUUCAAGAAGAGCAAAGCGCUGGGAGGAAGUGGGACUCCGGGAAGCCGUCCCGCAACUGUGGCAAGCCGACCGCCGAAGGCCCCAGAGAACUUUUCUCAAAAUUGGAAGGCGCUGCAAGAGCUGCUGAAACAAAAGUCAGAGGCCCCAGAAAAACCUCUUAUCUCUCAACUGGAUGACAAAAUACAUCACCAAAUAAUCCAGAAGAACAGAAAAAAAACCUCAGGAAAAUCAAAGGGAGACAAGAGGACAGAAGAAGACAAGCCCACUAGGGAUUCUGUUACAUCUGCACCUAAGAAGAGCAGGAAGACACCAGUACCUCCCACAAAUGCCUCUGGAACAGAGCAGAAGAAAGGAGCCGAGAAGAGGACACGCAGUGACCUCUCUUCUCACCAAGGGGACAUCAAGCAUAAGGGGAAAGCUAAGGAGGCAGCUGUCAUCCUGAGCCAGCCCACGCCCACUGAGGAAGACAUCUGGUUUGAUGAUGUGGAUCCAGAUGAUAUUGAGGCUGCUGUAGGCCCAGAGGCAGCCAUGCUGGUACGGAAGAGACUGGGGCAGAGGACGAGUACCAUCUCCCUGGUGAAGGAACAGGCCUUUGAUGGCUUGACAAAAGCCUUGGCCCUGGAUUGUGAGAUGGUGGGCGUGGGUCCCAAAGGGGAGGAGAGCAUCGCAGCCCGUGUGUCCAUCGUGAACCAGUAUGGGAAGUGUGUUUAUGACAAGUACGUCAAGCCAACUGAGCCAGUGACUGACUACAGGACAGCCGUCAGUGGGAUCCGGCCUGAGAACCUGAAGCAGGGAGAAGAGUUUGAAGUUGUGAAGAAGGAAGUGGCAGCAAUGUUGAAGGGCAGAAUCCUGGUGGGGCACGCGCUCCGCAAUGAUUUAAAGGUUCUGUUCCUUGAACAUCCAAAAAAGAAAAUCAGGGACACCCAAAAAUUCAAACCGUUCAGGAGUCUAGUAAAGAGUGCACGGCCGUCUCUGAAACAACUUUCUGAGAAAAUUCUGGGGCUCAGGGUCCAACAGGCAGAGCAUUGUUCAGUCCAAGAUGCCCAAGCAGCGAUGAGGCUUUACAUCAUGGUAAAACGGAAAUGGGAGAGCAUUGCUGCAGACCGGCGUGCCCCAGCCGCCACUCCACACCACUGCAACGAGUAUGCUUAGCACCAUCCUGCUGUCGCCGCCACCCUGUCCUGCAGUGACUCCUCGAUCCAGGGGCAGUGGGAUGGGGUUAUGAAGCCUAUCAAGUCUCUGCUUAGCAGGGACUCUGUCUCUGGUGAGCGUUCUCAGAGCCAUGGCUGCAGGCCUGUGGCAUGUGAGCUACUAGAACUUCCUCUUGGACUACUAGGGACUGGUCCUGCACUUGUGUGUUGACGUAGACUGGUCAGAUACGGGGCAGGAGUCAGGGGUGUAGGUUCGGAGGAGGGAGAGCAUCAUUGGAAUGGGUGAGUGUGCUGCAGAGCCUGUGUCUGCUGACCGCCUGUGCUACCACUUCACAAAGAGCAGAGCUGGUUUCCGCCAGAGCACUCAGCACCUUCCCUUAAGGAGCAAGAAGCGUCUUCUCUUGCAGGUAAGGGGAAAAGCUCUGCUGGAUCUAAGGGAUCCAGACUAAGGGCGUUCAGUUUGCUGCAAACCAGUCUGGUAGCCCAGCAACUGCCCAUUGAGGAUGUUCUUAAAGCUACUCUGCUGAAGGUACUUUCUCACUCCUAUGUCCUUUGCUUGGCCUAAGAUGUCAAAGUCCAGUUUGGUGUUCUCCAAGCAGUCCUUGGCAUGAGCCUUGGGGCACAGGUACACCCAGAGGUCUAAGACCCUAUCUACCACCUGGAAAAGUUUAAGCAGAAAGGCCAUCUUCCCACUGUCCUGCCAACAGCUUUUCUGGCUAGCAACAAGUACAGAAUGACCAGUGGACUUCAUGGGCUUACCUGACAACUCUUAGAACAGGUGCAGUCAUGCAUAUAAUGGCAGAUGUCUGCUUUUUUUUUUUUUUUCUUUUCUUUUCUUUUCUUUUUUUCGGAGCUGGGGACCAAACCCAGGGCCUUGCGCUUGUAGGCAAGCGCUCUACCACUGAGCUAAAUCCCCAACCUCAGAUGUCUGCUUUUUAACGCAGCUGUGGACUGAGAUGUGACUCAGAGAGCACUUGUUCAAUAUGUGUCAGACCCUGGGUUCCUUUCCCAGCACUGUCAAAAAUAAAUAGAUGGAUAAAAAUGGA